GUGCGCGAGCUUCGCUGACAAACAGACUAACUGUGUAUGAAAUGAAUGUCGGAAAAUAAAUAGAAUAAAUCUUAUGUUGCAGUGAAAAAUAAUUAGACCGUUUUUAUAAAGCCAUCGAAAAAAAGUCCGGGACGUUAUUAUUGCCCCGACAUUACAGUCUUUAUGUACUUCAGAUUCCCGCCAUUUUCCUUUCCCUCAGCUGCUAGUUUAUGGUCCUGAAACCUGCAGCUUCUCCUUCACAGCUGGAUGAUGGAGAGCGAUGGCAGCGACUCUGAGCUCAGUGAUGCCAUCAGUGCCAUUCUUCAAAAUGAACCUCACGCUGCAAGCUUUGUGAUGGUUUCAGGCUCUUCAGCCAGGUCUUUGUCUGAAUUCCCCGCCCCACGAUGAGCUCCUCGUCUCCACCCAUGCAUGUAGUAAAGGACGUGGACCAGGAGGAGUCGCCUCUCUUUCCUUCCCCCUAUCCCAGGUCUCUAGGGUUGGACAGAGGAACUGUGUGUAUCCCUGCUCCGUACGCAGAUAACGGCCACGGCGAGAUGUACUUUUAUGGUCCGCCUGCGCCCGAGAACCCGACCGUGGCACCGCCUCUCAGUCCGUCGUUCAUCUGGACCUCUCACAACACCCACACCAUGCCAGCUCUGUCCCUGCACUGUCCCCCCGCACUGCCGUACAGCGAGCCACAGAUACACACCACCUGGGUCGACAGCAAGCCACCUAGCACGUGUCGAAACAGCUCUUUCCUGUCUCAAUCAAAGUUGCACGCGAAGCCAUCAGAAGACGGCAACGAAGCUCUGAACUCCUCCAUGUCGUCAGGUGCCAUGACCAAAAGUGACAUGCACUUCUGUGUCGUGUGUCACGACUAUGCGUCAGGCUACCACUACGGUGUCUGGUCUUGUGAGGGCUGCAAGGCUUUUUUCAAGAGGAGCAUUCAAGGACACAACGACUACAUCUGUCCAGCCACCAACCAGUGCACAAUCGACAAGAACCGCCGCAAGAGCUGCCAAGCGUGCCGUCUGCGCAAGUGCUACGAAGUGGGCAUGAUGAAGUGUGGUGCACGACGUGAGAGGUGUGGUUAUCGAAGUUCCCGCCAUCGCCGAACCACCCAGAUAAGCGAUGGCUCUGCCAGGCUCAUGGGGGUCAGAGGUCAUGCCCAAAGACAUACUCGUGCCCCACUCCAUCUCUCACUGUCUCAUCCUGCCCCCAGGGUGCCCGAAGAAAAUGGGUUUUCAGGUCUGUCCCCUGAGCAGCUAGUGCACUUCAUCCUAGAGGCGGAGCCUCCGCAGAUCUAUCUAAAGCAUCAGAUGAAGAAACCGUAUACGGAGAGCACCGUGAUGAUUUCACUCACACAGCUAGCUGACAAAGAGCUUGUCCUCAUGAUCAGCUGGGCCAAGAAGAUUCCAGGUUUUGUGGAGCUAAGCUUGGCCCAUCAGGUUCACCUGUUAGAGUGCUGUUGGUUAGAGGUGCUCAUGCUGGGGCUGAUGUGGAGGUCAAUCGAUCAUCCUGGAAAACUCAUCUUCUCCCCAGACCUCAAACUUAACAGGGAGGAGGGAAGCUGCGUUGAGGGGAUCAUGGAGAUUUUUGACAUGCUCCUGGCUGGGUCCUCCAGGUUCAGAGAUCUAAAGCUGCAGAAGGAGGAGUAUGUUUGCCUCAAAGCACUCAUCCUGCUCAACUCUAGUAUGUAUAUGACCUCGACGGAGAGUGAGAAGGAGCUGGAGAGCAGGGCAAAGUUGCUACGUCUGCUUGACGCCGUGACGGACGCGCUGGUGUGGGCCAUCUCACGAACAGGUUUAUCCAUGCAGCAGCAGUCCGCACGCCUCGCUCACCUACUCAUGCUGCUCUCGCAUAUCCGACAUCUCAGUAACAAAGGCAUGGAGCACCUUUCCAGUAUGAAGCGGAAGAACGUCGUCCUGCUGUAUGACCUGCUGUUGGAGAUGCUCGACGCCAACACUACUCACAGCAGGCGUAGUUCUGGUAGCACGUUCUCCGACCCCGAGACCAGAGAGACUGUGUUGAACAUGCACACUGACCUGGAGGUGGCGAUCCCAGUGUCCUCACGGAACACACCCACACCCACUCAGCUCCACAGUCCCGUCACUCAGCAACUCACACAGGUGACCGAGUCACAGUGCAGCCAGGAGUGAGUGCUUCCCCCCCCCCUCUCAAUCUCUCUCACACACACACACACACACACACACAGUGUCUCCUCCAUGGAUUCAGACGUCCCUCCAGCUCCCAAAAUCUUUCCCCAUUUGCCUUUAAGCUACUGAUUCUGAACCUAGCUAUAUUCGAUGACCCAGAAUGCAGCUCAGUUCCUUUAUACAAUGUGGUGAAUUUUCUUUUCAGUUACUGUAUUUUCCAGACUAUAAGAUAUUGACAGUUUUUAUACCUAACUGUAACAUCUGCAGAGUUUUUGGCCUGCUACUCUAGUGCGUAAAGUGUAGGAGACACUGUGAUGUUUGCUGGUGAAAUAACACCUUAUAAAGAUGACCAGUAUUAACAAAAACAUAAAUAAUAACCAGAAUAUUAAACAAUUGACUAUAUAUACUGCAUAUAUAGUCCCAUAAAUAUUUUUGUAACACUUCUCUCUCCGGAUAAUCAGUUUAUUUACAGGAUUGGAAACAAUUUAUAUUUAUAAUUUGGGUUAAGUGGUUUUUUGUCACACAUGCUUGACAAUAAUUAUUCUUUCCUUGUAUUUAUAGUUAGGAAACAAGACUCCAGUUAUAGUAAAGAGAAUGCUGUGAUUGUCUUAUACUCAGGAAACAAGACAGCGAUGAACUUGGUGCAACUCUAAUAAGACAGCAUCUAAAUUAGACUAUAGCAGUAGUUCACCAGUUUAGAUUAAUUUACCGCAUCUGGUAGUCAGAAUAAUACAGUACAAUUCUACAAUCCAAAUAACUCCAACCUGUGUUUAUUUGCACUACUAAUCCCUUUUAUCCCUCCCUCCGGCUCUGUGGUGCUCUGAAACGAGAGAUGUUUUCUGUUAAAACAAAAAAAAAAAAACUCAAGCAGAUACUGUUCCCAACCUGUGUAAGAGGAAUCAGUAGUGUGUGGCGUGAACUACGGACUGGAUCUGACCUACGACUUCAGUUUGGAAACCCUGGAAGACCCCCAGACUUUACACGGACGUUAUGUCUGAGGUAACACAAACUUUUUCACACAGCUCCAUCAAAUGUGAUUUUUCAGAUGACCAGAUUUAAAAUUAAAAAAAGGGAUUUUUUUUUUGUACAUUUUUAAAGCCAAGGUCCAGAAAACUCAACACCUAAAUCAGCACUGUUUGUGUUGCCAUAUAAUUCACUGUAAAUAUCGCAGAAUUACUUUCUGCUACAAAAAAAAUCGUGAUACGUGUAAAGUUUUCACUUAUUCGCUGUCUGUUAAAUUGUAAGGUUUUUUUUUUGUUGUGCAAAAGCAUUUAAGGCCUGGAUACUCUAUGCUGAUAAGUCUAGAUGAUUGCUAAAUUAGGAAAAAAGUUUCUUAAUUUUUGUAAACACUCUGAUUCAUGCUUGUCUUAAUGUAGUGCUUACAGCUAUGCAAAAUGUUACGUGCCUAUAAACCAAAAUGCGGUUUGGUUUAUUAGAAAUGUCACCUCUAAUUUAUAUAUUACUGAUGCGAAACAAUAUUCACACCAGAGCCUCUUAAAGGUAUAUUUAAAAUACAACUAAUUACUGUGGUUUACAUUUUGCACUGUUUAAUUGCAGGUGACUACAAAAUCGGCGUAUUUGGGUCUUAAAUGUUUAUAUGUGAAUAAUAAUCAUGUGCAUUCAGUUCAUAAUAACAGGAAAAAAACGUAAAUGGUAAAUAACACAAAAAUGACCAGUGUUAAGUUUGUCGAUGCAUAAUUUAUUGUCGUAAAAUCAUGUUAGUCGUCAGUGUCCUACUUCAACAAUCUCGCCAGAUAAAAAUAAAUAAAAAGGACCAGUACUUGAACACA